AAGCUAUUCAAUAAAAUUAAGAAAAGCAAUAGUCAGAUCAUCACAUAGAAGUCACAUCUUCCGAUAAAGCCACACGCCCUAUUUGUGCCGGAGUUUAUGUUAAUAACACAUCAGUUCCUAGACAUAAGACAUAGUUAUAUUAAAUUGAAAGUUAAAGUAGAAUCAUGCGGUUGCCAAUUUGUUUAAGUAUUAUCAUAGGAUUUCUUAGCUGCGCUGUAUUAUGUGAUAAACCAAUUUUAAGAGGUAUUGAUCCAUCUAGAGCUCAAUUGUAUGCCAAUAAGAACGACAAAUUUACAUGUUUCGAUGGCAAAAAGACGAUAAAAUACACGCAGUUGAAUGAUGAUUAUUGUGACUGCGAGGAUGCUUCCGAUGAGCCAGGAACAUCCGCUUGUACCAAUGGAAGAUUCCAUUGUGUUAAUCCAGGUCAUAAGAGUUUAGUCAUUCCAAGUUCCCGUGUUAAUGAUGGAAUUUGUGACUGCUGUGAUGCAUCUGACGAGUAUUUCAGCCGUGCUAAUUGUAUCAACAAUUGCAUUGAGUUGGGCUCAGCUGAUAGAAUAAGAGAGAAACAAAUGGCAGAACUGGUUAAGAACGGGAAUCAAAUUAGAUUAGAAUUGUCACAAAAAGGCAAGAAACAAAAGGAAGAACAAAGACUUAGAAUGGCAGACCUGGAAAAAUCUCGUGAUCAGGCUGACAAGUUGAGAGAAGAAAAAAGACAAAUUAAAAUUGAUGUAGAAAAUCUUGAAAGUGAUGCUUUAGAUGUUUAUAGAAAGGCUGAAGACGAAAUUCGGAAACAAAGAGAGCAAGAAGAAGCAGUGAAUAGUCGUCAGGAAGCGGAAGAAACAUUCGCAAAGUACGAUUCAAAUAAGGAUGGAAAAGUUGAUAUUAUUGAGUUGCAGACAAGAGUUGUGUUUGAUAGAAAUAGAAAUGGAGAAGUUGAAAUUGAGGAAGCUAGAUAUUUCCUUGAUGAUAAUGAUGCACUUGAGUUAGAAGGUUUCCUAACUCUUGCAUGGCCAAAGAUGAAACCAUUCUUAAUGCUCGACUCUGGACUAUUUAAGCCACCAACUAGAGGUGAUCAACCAGCUGAUGAAGGAGAAGAUGGCGAAGAGCAAGAAGCUCAUGAGAACAACGAUGAUCCAGCAGAGGAAGCUGAGUUGUUGAAUGAAGAAACUGAGAAUGUUGAUGAGCAGCAUGACGAAAAUAACGAGGAAGAAGAAGACGAGGAAGGUCAUGAUGAUCAUGAUCAUGAGCCAGAACAGCAACAACCACCUCCUGUUCAAUACGAUGAUGAGACUCAACGCAUUAUUGAAGAAGCAAAUGAAGCUAGAAAUCAAUAUGAUGUAGCUGAUAGAGAAUUCAGGGAAUUAGAUACAGAACUCAAUAAUAUACGUAAAGUUUUAGAAAAGGACUUUGGUCCUGAAGAAGAAUUUGCUCCAUUAAAUGGUGAAUGCUUCAAUUUUGAAGAUCGCGAAUAUGUUUACAAGCUUUGUAUGUUCGACAAAGCUACUCAGCAGCCGAAAAGUGGUGGCAGUGAGACAAGACUCGGUAAUUGGGAUGGAUGGCGAGGCAAUGACUACCGUCAAAUGCUCUAUGCAAAUGGAGCUGGAUGUUGGAAUGGUCCAGCUCGCUCAGUCAUGGUAGACAUCGAUUGUGGUCUCGAUACAAGGAUCUUAAGUGUAACUGAACCAAAUAGAUGUGAAUAUAAUUAUAGAAUUCAAACACCAGCAGCUUGUUUUACGUCGUCAACAAACGAAGUUCAUGAUGAACUAUAAAAACUGAUUACCUUUCACCACCGAUAGAUUUCAUCAUGAACACCAUACAAAAAAAAGCACUGAUAGCAAAAUAAUUAGUUAUUCAUUUCUAAUAUUUUCUUUUAAAUUUACUGACUUUACAUUUCGUUUCCUACUUAAGUGUUUAAAAAAAACUGUUCAUGUCUUUUGUACAUUCCUAAUAAACGAAAAUAUCAAUCAAAUGAAGGAAUUUUUGUGUAACGUAAUAAAGUAUAUGAUUAAAACAUGGACAUAUGUUUGUGAAAAAAGGAUUUUAAUAUUUUUUCAAUAUAAUAUAAUUAAUAUAAGAGGCAUUUUUUUAACUUUUAAGCACUAAUAACUUC